CUUAUUUCUGCGCCGACCCUAUACUUUUUAUUGGUGUAAAAGUUAACUGCGCGCAUAUUUAGUACUUUUCGGUACUUUCUUUCCGUUAAUUUUCUUAUCUUUGGUCUCAUUUCGAAUUCGGUAAUUUGAUAAGCAGUCUAUUAAAAUGGCGGCACCCAUGUCGAGUUCGUCAGUGUUGGGACUGAAAUUGAAACGUUGCUCCCACAAUAAAACCGAUAAAAAUAUUUUAGUAAGCCUGCCAAACAAUAAAAAUAUUGAAGAUGUUUGGCAUAUCUACCAUGAUACGAACGUUGGUAAAUCGAGCGUGACGAUAAAAUGCUCUACGGAAAUGUCUGGUGCAACAAACUUUGAUGUUGAAGGUAGUAUGACAGUUGGGACCCUAGUACAGAAUUUUGGAAUAAAAGUGGUUGAGUUUACCUGCAUCGACCUGGAAGCUUCCGUGGCUAGUACAAGUCUCGAAACAUGUGCAAAGGAGGCUACAGAGAAAGCAGUAGAUGCAUUCCAGUUAUUAAUGGCAGGAGGAAGAAGAUUCACCUCAAAGAAGGAGUCAAGCCAUGGUUUGAAGACUGGAUUAUCAAGAAAAGACGAACUGUACAACAACUUGAUAGAUGAUUUUAAAACCAAGGGUCUGGAUUUUCCAAAAGGAACAGAAGCUGUGGAGGGACCCUACAUUGUUCAGGUAUUUAGAAAUUCAGUACAGUUAUAUUAAAGCCUCCUCAUGCAA